GGGUGGCAGGUGGGGAGGGUGAGAAGCGAGGGGCAGGAAGCCCUGCAAUGCCUGCCAUUGGUUAGGGUUAGGGUUAAGGUUAAGGUUAAUUAACUGCUGGUUAAUUCCAGCAGUGGAAUUAUACUGUAGCCUCCAUAUGGAAUAUUAUGUGGUUGCUUGGUAACUGCAUAGAAUCACCUCAAUUCUUGGCUGCAAUAUUCCAAAGCAUCCUUCAUUUGGGUAAAAGGAGCAAGAAGGGAUGGGCAUCAUGAGAUGUGUUGCCCCCUUUGUGACCCAAAUUUUUCUGGCUGGAAUUCUAUUGUUCUAUUGUGAAAGGUUGGAUGGAUUCGUACUUCCAUGCCCAGCCUCAAAUAUUAACUGCAAAAUUAAUACCAAUUCUCCCAGGUAUGAUAACGUUCAUAUUUCGGAGACACUUGGUCAUUCGAUUGAAUUUCUUAAGUCAUCAAUUUUAAAAUUAUGGAGUAGAUUAACUAAAUCAAAUCCUCAUGAAUAUUUGGACGAAAUGAAAUCUCAUGAAAAUCUGCAGAAAAAACUGUACAAAUCAUCCAAUGUCCAACAAGAGACUCCCAAAACAAAAAUAACCAAAAAGGAAGAGACUCAAGAGUUGGAACUCCAAAAAGAUUUAACUACAGAAAUUUUGGAUGAUCUGAAGGUGAAUGGAGGACUGAAGGUAAUUAUGAAAGAAAAAAUAAGAGUAAACAAAGAGAAAACUCAUAAGUUGGAGAUUCAAAAGGAAGUGGUUACAGAAAUUCCACAAGCUCUGAAGGUUAAUAUGGGGCCGAAGAUGACUCUCAAAGAAAUAAGAGGAAACAAAGAGUUGGAGAUGCAGAAGGGAGUGAUUAGAGACAUUUCAGAAGCUCUUGCUUCACAUUUCGUGGCAGAAAAAACAGGGAAGUCUGUAGUGCUACUAAAUCCUCAGCAGGUUUCUUCCCUUAAGAGGUUUCCUCAAACAUGUGCUCACUCCUUACAGAAGCGCUCCAUUUUACACCUUCCAAAUCAGCUGCCUCCUUUGACUUCUCCUUUUGUAGUGGAUCAUGAUGGUGAGGAACAGCCUGAUAAAGUGGUCUUUAUUCUGAAAUCUGGCAACAGAUCAGCAAGGCCCAGUCAUGUAAAACACCUUGUAACCAGCAAGGAGGCAAUAGAGAAAAAGACUCAGCACGAACAAUUCAAAAAUAACUUUUUGGAGAAGGAACUUGAGUCUUCGGAAUCAAGAAAGGAAAACCUUCUCAGGCAGUUAUUAUUUGGAGGAAGCAACUCCAGAAUUACAACUGAGGAGUCUAAAAUAUUGUCCAAUGAAGCGCAUUUGGAGUAUCAGGAACAAAGCACCUCUGUUCCCCUUUUAUCUGACUUUUUCUCAAGAACUGAUAACUAUUUUCUUCAGGACGAUGCCUUUGAAGUUGAGAUGCAAAAACAGUUGGCACGUGUGAUCCUUAACGAGCCUAGGAGGAACCUAAUUGCCCACUUGAUACGUAUAAUGAACGUGAACUGCAGAGAACCGACUACUCAGACGUCUUGUGAUUUUCUCAUGUCUGGAAUAUGGCUUGUAAUGAAACACCUCGAUGAGAGAAAAAACAACCAGGAAGCAUCUGCUCUGUUGAAAUCUGACUUGUUGCUGACUAAAAAUGAAACCAAUAUGAAUACACCAAGCUCCAGAAAAAUGGAAAAACCUUCUGAUGAGAUACCAAAGCAGGAAAUUCUGCAGUAUGGGAACGGCUUCAAAUGGUGGGUGGCUGUUUCUGUGACAGUGGCGAUUGCGAUUAUUAUUGCAAUAAUUUGUUUGAUUGAGAUCUGUUCUCAUAAAACUGGCAAAGAAACAGAAGGAACCCCUCCUGUAAAACGGACAUUUCUGGAUAGACAGAAGGAAGACACACUUGAAAAACAGACUUCGCCAUCGUCUUUCAACAAGCCUCCUUGGCUUAAGGAAAUGUAUCUUGAUAAAGAAUGGAAAAAAUACACCAGUGAUAAAUCUCAUAAUGAAGAAUCCUCUGAAGAGGAAGUGAUAUUCAGUCGUGAAAGUGCAAGGGAGAUUAUGCCACCACUCCCACCAGCAGCAACUGAACUUCCAGCUCCGGCUCCGGCUCCGGCUGAAACUCCAGCUCCAGCUCCUUCUCUUGCUCCAGCUCCCACUCCCGCUCCCGCUCCCGCUCCCGCUCCCGCUCCCGCUCCAGCUCCAGCUCCAGCUCCAGCUCCAGCUCCAGCUCCAGCUCCAGAGCCUGUUAAAAAGGCCAGUUCGAAGAAACUGUCUGAAAAAGAAACAGCCACUAGUGAAACCUUACCAACCACUGAGUCUGAAAAAGAGACGCCCACAAGUGAAGCCACUCCAAAGACUGAGGCUUCAGAAGAAGAAGAAACUGAAGGUACAUCAAAGAAAACAACUUCAGAAGAAGGAGAGGAAGAUGAAGAAGACUAAUCCUAUUUACUCACAUACUUAUCGGCUCUCCACGCAUGGAAAUUAAGAAGUGACCCUAAUGGUUGAGAUCAUAACAGGGAUGGUAUUAUACACGAUUAAUG